AUGGAUCAGGAACUGGAACCAGUUGUGGGAAAUAUCAACAUCAAGAAGAGAACCAUAACCAAAAAGACACCAAACCAGGCUCGAGGAGGUUCGAAUAGUGUAAAUAAUCUUUCAUUCAGCACCAGGUACACCAACAGCUUCUCGAAUAGCACUAUUCCCAGCAGUUUUAUAAAGAGACCUGCAAACAUUCGACGCCAAAUCAAGCGAUCAAGGUGGAAUUUGGUUUAUCUCAUCAGAAGAAUUAACUGGCUACACACCACCAUUAUCUUGUUUCUUCCCAUAGUUGGAAGCAUUGUCUCUCUUCUUUUUCAAGUCCCCAUAACUGAAAACACUCUUCGCUUCACCAUCUUUUACUAUUUUCUAACUUCACUAUGUGUAACUUCUGGCUAUCAUCGACUAUGGGCUCACAGGUCUUUCGAAGCCACUAAAGUGCUAUCGUUGAUCUACGCUGUUUUUGGCGCAGCAACUGGUUUGGGUUCAAUAAAGAAAUGGGUUGCUCGUCAUAGAGCUCACCAUCGAUACACAGACACUGAAAGAGAUCCUCACAAUGCUAGAAGAAGUUUGAUAUACUCUCAUAUGGGCUGGAUGAUAUUCAAACCAAAUCUAAAAAUUUCCUCCUCAAUCACCGAGUUAUUGAAGAGCGACGACUUGAGCAACGAUGCUAUCAUAAACUGGCAAGAACAAAACUACAUAAUACUAUUUGUGCUAACGAGCAUGAUAAUACCAGCUGCAGUUGCAGGUUAUUUUUGGAAUGAUUACAAAGGUGGUUUACUAUAUUCAGGCAUAAUAAGGUGCAUGCUUAAUCAACAAACUAGUUUCACAGGCAACUCCCUUUGCCAUUAUGUCGGAACACAGCCAUACGAUGAUAAGAAAACCCCAAGAAAUAACUGGUUUCUUACUUUCUUGACUUUUGGUGAGGGGUUUCAAAAUUUUCAUCACAAUUUUCCUAACGAUUAUAGAAUCGGCAUUCAUUGGUACGAGUUCGAUCUAACUAGAUUUCAGAUUGAAAUUCUAUACAAAAUCGGUUUGAUAAAAAGCAUCAAGAAAAACACAAAUGAUGCUAUCAACCAGUGCAUCAUACAACAAAAUCAAAAAAUCUUGGACAGACACAGAGCAAAACUAAACUGGGGCGUACCAAUAAAAGAGCUCCCCAUAAUUUCCGAAAACGAAUUCAAAAGGUUAGUCAAAACCUCCUCUAGAGCUUUACUCAUUAUAUCUGGAGUUGUUCAUGAUGUUACUCCAAUCAUUAAUACUCAUCCAGGUGGCAGUCAAUUGGUGAGAGCUUCUAUUGGAAAGGAUGCUACCACAGCAUUUGAAGGAGGUGUUUAUGCACAUUCAAAUGCUGCCCAUAACUUGCUAGCCACAAUGAGAGUCGCCAUUAUUUACGGCUUUCAUAUUCAAAAUCCUUCAAAUCAGUUAAAAAUUGCAACAAUUCGAAAUUCUCCAUCAGCUACCGCAGGAGCUGCAUAA